AGCAGCUCCACUAGCUUCAGGCUCCUCUCGUGACGUUCGGCGCCGAGAAGGAAUCCAAUGUGAAAUUACACCAACAACUACACCUAAUCUAUUCAUUCCGAUUGUUAUUUAUUUAAUAAUAUUGUUAUUAUGUCAAUCGGUAAUACACUAACGAUAAUAACGUUAUGUACUCAAAGUUUGCACAUAGCACAACGACUGCAAUCUGUYGUUCCUACUGACCGUCCGUCAUCGUCAGUCUCUGUAUAACGUAUGUCAACAGAAAUUAUCAGUGGAAUCGGUUGCCACUUGCCUUCGUUUAAGAAAUCCAAGAUUGUGACUGCUUGGCCGCCCGCGGCUCGCCAACAGAAUUGAAUCACCACUGGUCUACCUCAGUCCAAUUUGUUGUUCUCAUACUUGGACUGCAGGCUAGUUGGACCCCUGUGAACAUAACAUCUWGACGCAUCAUUUUUGGUUUGAAAUUAUCACCAUGUCGAGUUAUAAUGAUUAUCAACAUUGGCCUCAAGAAUCUACAUCAAAUUCAGAUGAAGAUGAAUUGUCAUCUCCUGAAAUUGAACAAGAUGAUAGUGAUGAUGAUACUGAGUCAUCUACAUCUAGUACAAGUACUUCAGCUACAAGUAGUAGUGGUAGCAGUCAGUCAGGUUCAGAUUCUGAGAGUACUAGCACUGCUGAUGAAGAUGAAAUUAUAUCGUUGAAAACAGAAACAGUGAUUGCCAAUAAAACUGAGCUUAGCUUACCAGCUGGAAUGUGCGAAGAUGAAGAAGUUUUCAAACAAUUGUUUUCUGUUAACUCUUGGGUAUGCCUUAGUGAUCAACAAAAGCAACAUUUAAAGAAUUUUUUACCUACAUUUUCUGAAAAUGAUUUAAUGGAAAAAGAAAUUACUUUAAGAAUGCUUUUUGGUGGACAGAGUUUUCGGUUUGGUGUUAAUCCAAUUGAUGAUUUUCAUGAUAAAUUAAAAAAUGGACAUUUUAGACCUGAUAUUGUCAAAAUGAAAUCACUUUUACGACGAUCACUCAAAAGAGAGUAUAGAAAAAAUCAACGGAUAUACAACUUCAAUAUGUUAAAAAAAUUAAUUUCUGGGCGUAAAAAAGUUAUUGAUGUUUUAAAUGGUUCUACUACAUCUAUGAYAAAUAAUGGAGGUAGUAAUACUAUGCAUCAACAAGUUAAAAGGAGAUAUUUCCGAGAGCUUUCUGAUAUUAAAAAUUUAGUGGGGGAUGUCUCCGAAGAAAGUUCAGAUAGCAACUAUCAAGAAGGACCACCUACUCGUUUGGGUAAAAAACAACGACGUAAUUUAAGUAUUAUACAAAGUUCUCUUUCACCUGAACUUGAAACUAUUACUUCUACCUUAGCUACUUUUCCUGAUAAAAUAGAUUUGUCUAAAGUAGCUUUGCCUACAAGUAAUCCAUUUGAGCCUUCUGAUGAUAUGUAUAAAGAAAUGUUGAUAUCUCAUAAGAGAAAAAAAAAGAAAAUGGAAGAGGAACACAAACGAAUGCGAUUUGACCAUAUAAAAGAACAAAUUCAUCCAGUAGUAUCAUCAGGCACUGAGAAAAAGAGAUCAGCAAAUAGUGACCGGCCUCGUUUGAAACGUACAAAACCUGUUAAACAACAAACUCAGUCAAUCCAACCAUCUCAUCAGUCAGACGCACAAUCUCCUGUUCAACUUGAUGUAAAACUUCCUGUCGCCCAGUUAGAUGUAAAAACUCCCGUACAGAUAAGUGUACAACCUCAAGUGCAGUUAGAUAUACAGCCUCAAGUGCAGUUGGAUGUACAGCCUCAUGACCAUUUAGAUGUACAAUCUCAAGUGCAUUUAGAUAUACAACCUCAUGUGCAAUUAGAUAUACAACCUACUAUGGAGCUAGAUGAAUUACAUAAAAUGUCAUCGAAGCAAGAAGAUAGGGCUCUAUCAGAACCAUGUAGUAUUUCAUACGCCAAAGAAGAGAUACUACAUAAUGUAGUUUCACCUCCACUCCUUUCACCAUCGCUACAUUCACCAUCAUCACUGUCAAUUUCUUUAUCAAAUAUGGCUGAAGAAGAAUCAAUUAAGACUAAUUUGAAUGCAAUCAAAUUAGAUCCUUGUACUCCUAUUCUAACAGACUUUUUAAAAAUCGAAGAAGAAUUAACAUUAAAUGAUCCUAUUAAAUUGGAACCUAUCAGCUUAACAGCUGAUGAAAUACGUAAAGCAGAAGAAGGUCAAGCUGCUGCAGCAAUGUUAUUAGAACAAAUGAGUGAUGUUGAAGAAAAGUAUAAUCCUCCAUUAAUACCUUCACCACCACUUCCAUCACCACCACCAUCACCACCUCAAUCACCACCACUCUCACCAUCUCAAUCACCAAGACACUCUCCACAACAACUGUCUGAUUCUAAAUUCAGUCCACCCACCUAUAUUCAGAGAGAAUAUCAUCCAGAAGACAUGUUAACUAGUACAGUGCAAAACAUAAAUACGGAAUCUCCAUCUAGGACAGUACAUUCUUGUUUACACCCUCUAAGUGCAAGUGACUAUGGUUCUAAACAGCUAUCAUUAUCACCAGUAUCUACUCCUAGUAAAGCCAUAACAGAUUCUAAUUAUGUUGGAUCUUUAUCAGAGUUAGAGGGUUUUCAUGUUUUAGAUAUUAAAAAUAUGUGUAAUGAGGAUUUAGAUCUGAAAACACCUCAAAUGAAUAAAAUAGUUUCUAGUUUCUUUGCUCUUAUAAGAGAUAUAAUCUGUGCUACCUGGGAUUACCGUAUGGAUAUGACUGCGCUAAAUGAACGUGUUCUUGAUUGGGUGAAUUCUACAUUUAACAACAGAAAAAAUCCAGAUUGGUACCACAGUUUAACUUUAAAGACUUGGCCUAAAUCACUACAAUCAGCUAUAGGUUUCUUAGCAGGACAUUUCCCUGAGUGGCAACCCGAAGAUUUUGUUCCUUAUAUUGAAUAUAAGCCUAGCUUGGAUAUUUAUCAAUGGAUUGGUGCUGGUAGAGAUUCAGAUACUCGACUUGGAGAUUUAUGCAAUUGUUGGCUACAUAAUUUGAAUAACAUUAGCUCAAAAUUGAAGAGUAUCAAAGAUGAUGUAAUUGGUAUUAAUAAUUCACCUAUACCAUCUACCACAGAUAUUAUUUCAACGAUUGAGAGGUCUGAAACUGAUACAACAAUUCCUUUAACGUUACCAUUAUUAGACACAUGGAUAGUGACUCCUUCUAGUGUUGAAGAACGUGCAAUUUUCCAGGCUCAAGAAAAGCAACGAUUUUUAAAACCACAUCGUUCUUUUGUUUACCAAAUGCAUGGUUAUGAGUCGGUUGUUGGUCCUGUUCGCGGAAUUUAUAAUUCAUCUAAUAUUCACAAAGCAGCUCGUGGUCAUUCCUUAUUGAUUGAAAAUAGACCUCAUUUCAUAUCAAUAUUGGUAUUAGUUCGUGACGCUACAGCUAGAUUACCGAAUGGAAUGGGAACUCGAAGUGAUAUUUGUACCUUACUUAGAGAUUCACAAUACUUGAUGGAAGCAAAUCUUACUGAAUUGCAUAAUGCUGUUAGUGGGGCUUUGGAUAGAUUGCAUUAUGAACAUGAUCCAUGUGUUAAAUAUGAUCCAAAACGCAAAAUAUGGAUUUACUUACAUAGAGGGCGAAAAUUAGAAGAAUUUGAACGUUUGCAUUUAGAACAACAAGGUGCAGUGAAGAUGAAAUGCUGGCGAAGAAAUAAAACACAAAAAAAGACUCUAGAACCUAAACGUACUCCAAAUAGAAAAUCAACRUCCAACGUUCUUUUAGAAUCCUUAUCAAUGUUAGAUUUACCUACAAGUUCGACUUCAGAUUCUAUGCCAAGUUCAAGCACAUCACCAGUGUUGUCUGAUAUGCGCAACACUCAAGAUAUGACUAGCAUAGACCAUUCAAAACAAUCAAUUAAAGCACCCCGGGUUACCAAAAAUCGAAAAGCGCCUACACAGACCAUGCAAAUGACUGAUAAUGCAGUUGAGCUAAACAUAGAAUGCCCAACACUAAUUGAUCAAAAUAAUACUGGCUCUUCCCAAGUAUUUUCCAUGCCUGUUUCAAACCAUAUUUCAACAGUUACAACUAGUAAUAACUCAAUCAUAACUUCUAGCAAUAUUCCUAAUCAAACAUUUUCUAGCAACAUUAGUAGUAGUCAAUCAAUAAUUACUAGUAAUAGUCAGCCAAUUGCUAAUAGUUUCACCUGCCAACCAAUUGCCAGUAAUAUAAAUAGUCAAUCAGUUGGUACUAAUAUUUUAAGUCAGUCAAAAGUUGGAAAUAGUCUAAAAGUAAUUAGUAGUCAAACUGUAUCCAAUAGUGGACAGAUGAUAAACAUUUCCCAAACUAUGAACAGCAACAAUCAAGCAUUUAUCAAUAACACUACAAUGGUUGUAAACAAUAUUUCCUCAAAUAAACAAUUAAUAUCAUCUGGAGAUCUGAUAACAAUUGGCUCUAGGAACAAAACAAAACAUGUUCAAAUUACUCAACCAGUUCCUAUUGGACAAUCUUCUGGGCUUACAAAUUAUCAGCAUGAACAUCAACUCAAUAUUGCCAAACCACCUCAAAUCAAAGAACACCAACGCCAGAUAUUAGUUUUAAAACAAAAGCGAUCAGAUCAAUCAAUAUCUAGUUAUGAACAAAAUACAACUGUUGUUAACCAAACUGAUACUGGAAAACSACAAACUGUUCAACAUUUUAUUCAACUACAGCACCAACAAAAGUUGCAGAAACAACAACAAAUACAACUGAAACUUUUGCAGCAUAAACAAAUCCAGCAGCAAUCUUUGCAACAAAACAAACAGCAAGUCAUUAUCAGAAAGACUGAUGUGGAUGAUAAGACAGAAGCAGGAGACUCUGAACAGCCCCAAGUUAUAUUCUUAAAACAGGGUCUAAGAAAUGUCCAACAACAAGAAACACAACAGAUAACACAGCAACAAUUACAACAAUUAUUGAUGUUAAGGCCACAACAACAAGCAGGGCAACAGRCUCAGGUUGUCAUGGUUAAACAACAAGGAAAUGAUCAGAAAUCUAUUGAACUUAAGCCAAUAUUAACAUCACUCCGUGGUACAAAAAUUCAACAAAAUCCAGCAAACACUGCUAAUUUAUUGGUACAAGCAAAACCAGCUGCUCAGAAUGUUCAACAAAAAAUUACUAAUCCYCUUGUUGGCAAGUUUAUGUCUAAUCAAAGAGCACAAUUACCUGUUGACUCAGUUCUUGCAAAUAGAAAAUUAUCUGGUGUUCCUGGUACUCCAUUGCGAAUUUCUGGAGUGCAGACUUCUAAGAGUGGUCAGCCGCACUAUACAGUGGUAACUGUUGCUCAACCUAAACUUAUGACAUCCAAUCAAGCAAAUAUUGGACAAAAAACACCUACUCGAAUAUCAACUAUAAAUGAUCGUUUAAAAUCUGGUGAAACCAAUCAACCACAAACUGUACGUGUGGUUCAGUCGCAAAUUAGUGGAAAACCUUUAUUAGUUACUAAUAAAGCACAAAUUUCAUCGGCUCUUUCUGGUAUAUCAACAUCAUCAACAGUAGUUAGUUCUACUGCUAACACUUACACUGUAGUACAGCAAGGUUCUCAACAAAUACUUGUGCCUGCAAGUUCUUUGAAAUCUUUUCAAGGGCUAAAGGUUAUACCAAUAUCACAGCAUAAUCUUAAAGGGCGAUCACAAAUGUUUGCUCGGAUAUUAAAUUCUGACAGUGUGAGACCUGUGUUUAUUCAUCAACAGUCUAAUCAAGACUCUAGCAGUCAAGGACCAACUGAAUCAAAUACUUAACCUUUGUGGAUAACAGUUCCUUAUUAAUUAUUUUUUUAUUUAUAUACAUUUGUUAUACAAUAUAUUAUAAUGACCUGAUUUAUUAUGAACCAUAAUAAUGUUUAAAUAUGACUUAAUGUUUACUUUGUGUAUGUAGUCUGAUUGUUACCUACUUUUUUGUUUUAUAUUUGUAUGC